AUCAGCCCACGCGAGUUCAACUCUUACGGCUCCCGUCGAGGGAAUGACGCCGUCAUGGCCCGGGGGACGUUUGCCAACAUCCGCCUGUUUAACAAAUUCCUCAACAAGCAGGCGCCACAAACUGUUUUCCUGCCAACUGGCGAAGUGAUGGACGUUUUUGAUGCCGCCGAGCGAUACGGCCAAUCGGGAGUCCCGCUCCUGAUUCUUGCCGGGAAGGAGUAUGGUUCGGGUAGCUCGAGAGAUUGGGCAGCCAAAGGUCCAUUGUUGCUGGGCAUCAAGGCUGUUCUCGCCGAGAGCUACGAGCGGAUCCAUCGGAGCAAUCUGGUGGGGAUGGGAAUAAUCCCGCUGGAGUAUUUGCCGGGAGACAACGCAGAGAGUCUGGGCUUGACCGGAAGAGAACGCUUCCACGUCGCCAUCCCCGAGAACAUCGCCCCUGGGAUGAUCGUGGCCGUGACGCUCCACACGGGCAAAACCUUUGGCGUACGGAUGAGGUUCGACACCGACGUGGAACUGGCCUAUUUCCACCACGGGGGAAUCCUGAACUACAUGAUCCGCAAGAUGUCUAAAAAUUAACGUCCAGAGUUAUCCUUACCUCAAGUUGCAUUCCGUUCCUCUUUAAGUGUUGUGUUAUCCGUAGCAUUCUAUAAAGUGGCCUCGGUGGAUAGUUUGCCUUCA